AAAAAAAAUAUUUCCAAAACAAAAUAAGUAAAAUAUACUCCUAAAUGUUCAUUAUGUUUGUAAGAUUACAUAAUUUACAUUACAAUAUCUUUUUAUAGAAUUAUAUAUUUUAUUAUAUUAUAAAAAAUUAAUUUUCAUAAAGGCGAAAGCGGAUUAAAGUUUUAUAUUAUGAAAUGUCAACUUUCUUAAGAUAGUUUUAGACCUUUUACGAGAUUUUCGUUUGCAUAACUAAACUUACAAUCAAGCCCCUAUACUACUAUUACUAUAUAUAUAUAUACACAUGAAAAUCCAUAUAUAUAUGCAUAAACAUGAUUAAUUUAUAUACUAAAUUUUCAUUAUGAAACACUCUUUCUCUUCAUCGGAAGCUCUUGCGUCGAUCGAUGUUCACACUAAUCCAAAAAUCAAAAUAUCUAAUUCUCUAUGACCGAUAUGUUAAAUUAACAGUAAUAAUCAAUAAAAUGUCUCCAGCUGGACAACAACUUUGUUAGGAUUUUGUAGCAUUUUGAUUCUUAAUUAUAUUUUCUUGCAUGCAUGUAUAAUUAUUUCAGUUUCCUUUUAAUUUGCGUUGGCAAAUUCUGAUACUAAAUCCUAAGCAACCAAACCUACACAAAAAUCUAUAAAUAGGAACCCUCACCUCCCAAACGAUUCACCCAACACUCAUCUCCAAUCACACACAAAAAAAAAAGUAAAGAAAGAGAAGCUUAAUUAGCAUUUUCAAAACAUGGCUUCAAAGAACAUCACCAUAGCUCUCUUCCUCACCAUCAACCUCGUCUUCUUCGGCUUUACCAUGGCCCAAGCUCCCGGACCUCAAGCUCCGAUAUGUCCCAGAAGCUCAACCCAGGUCCAAGCUUGUGUCAACAGGCUUACCUCUAUCGUGGGCCUUAACGUUCUACCGCUGACGCAAUGCUGUUCUCUAGUGGCUGGACUUGCCCCCUCUGUGGCCUCUGUCUGCAUCUGCAAUGCCUUAAAGCUGUCAGUUCUCGACAUUCUGGGUAUCACUGUGACACUUGGUCAGGUUCUUGGGUCCUGCGGUGUUUCUCCCCCAGCUGGUUUCAUAUGCGCCUAAUUCUCUCUUAUAAGACACCUGUUCCGUCGGAUAAUAGUGGUGCAAGUAUGCUUCUCUAAUAAUUAUUUGCGUGUUAGCAAUAUCUAUAUGUUUUUUUUUGGUAAUCUAAAUAUCUAUAUGUUGUUGAAAAUAAAGUGAAACAUUUGUACUGUUUUUACAUGUUUCGUUGUUAACUAUGUUCUUCAAUUUAGAUUUCCGGCCGUAUGUUGUAUCUCUUGGUUCACAUGAAAA